AUGGCUACUUAUCAAGAAUUUAUCGCUCAAAAUGAAGAACGUGAUGGUGUUCGUUUUACAUGGAAUGUUUGGCCAUCGACUCGUCUUGAAGCAACACGACUUGUUGUACCACUUGGUUGUCAAUUUACACCAUUAAAAGAACGUUAUGAUCUUCCACCGUUAAAUUAUGAUCCUGUUCUAUGUACAAAUAAAACAUGUCGAGCUAUAUUAAAUCCAUUUUGUAAUGUUGAUUAUCGUGCUAAAAUAUGGAUAUGUAAUUUUUGUUUACAACGUAAUAAUUUUCCACCACAAUAUGCUGGUAUUAGUGAACAAUUACAACCAGCAGAAAUUUCACCACAAUAUACAACUAUUGAAUAUACAUUAAUGCGUAUGCCAGCUGAACCGGCAGUAUUUUUAUUUCUUGUUGAUACAUGUAUGGAUGAAGAUGAUAUGACAGCAUUAAAAGAAUCAUUACAAAUGGCAUUAAGUUUAUUACCAGCAGAUGCUCUUGUUGGCUUAAUAACAUUCGGUCGUAUGAUACAUAUUCAUGAACUUAACUGUGAAGGUAUGACACGCAGUUAUGUAUUUCGUGGUACAAAAGAUUAUACAGCUAAACAAGUUCAAGAUAUGCUUGGUUUAAUGAAACAACAAUCAAAUCAAAGACCAUUACCUGGAAAUCCAAAUAUUCCACAACAGCAACAACAACAGCCUACGAAUUUCUUUAGCAAAUUUAUUCAACCACUUUCGGCAUGUGAUAUGUCAUUAACUGAUCUUCUGGGUGAACUUCAACGUGAUCCAUGGCCUGUACAACAAGGCAAACGUGCUUUACGAUCAACUGGAGCUGCACUUUCAAUUGCUAUUGGUCUAUUAGAAACUCUUUAUCCAAAUACUGGAGCUCGUAUAAUGUUAUUUAUUGCUGGUCCAUGUACACAAGGACCAGGCAUUAUUAUUGAUGAAGAAUUAAAACAUACAAUUCGUUCACAUCAUGAUAUUGAAAAAGAUAAUGCAAAAUAUAUGAAAAAAGCAAUUAAAUUUUAUGAAGCAUUAGCAAAUCGUGCAGCUGUUAAUGGACAUGUUGUCGACUUAUAUUCAUCAGCUUUAGAUCAAACUGGUUUACAUGAAAUGAAAUAUUGUACGAAUUAUACAGGUGGUCAUAUGGUAAUGGGCGAUUCAUUUAAUACAUCAUUAUUUAAACAAACAUUUCAAAAAGUAUUUGCAAAAGAUAAUAAAAAUGAAUAUCGAAUGAACUUCGGUGCAACUAUUGAAGUCAAAACAAGUCGUGAACUUAAAAUUUGUGGUGCAAUUGGUUCUUGUGUAUCCCUCGCACAACGUACAGCAAAUGUAUCGGAAACUGAAUUAGGUAUGGGUGGAACAAAUGCAUGGAAAGUUUGCGGUAUUUAUCCAAAUUCAACAUUAUCGGUCUUUUUUGAAGUACUUAAUCAACAAGCACCAGCACAAGCUUCACAAGGUGGUCAACGAGGAUAUGUUCAAUUUAUUACACAAUAUCAACAUUUAUCUGGAUUUAAAAAAAUUCGAGUUACAACUGUAGCAAGAAAUUUGAUUGAUACCGUAUCAAAUAUGCCAACAAUAACCGCAUCAUUUGAUCAAGAAUGUGCUAGUGUAGCAAUGGCUCGUAUUGCAGUUUAUCGUGCUGAUACAGAAGAAGGUUCUGAUAUUCUUCGUUGGUUAGAUAAAAUGCUUAUACGACUUUGUCAAAAAUUUGCUAUUUAUGAAAAAGAUAAUCCAGGUUCAUUUCAAUUAACAGAUACAUUUACUCUUUAUCCACAAUUUAUGUAUCAUUUACGUCGUUCACAAUUUCUUCAAGUUUUUAAUAAUAGUCCUGAUGAAACAGCAUUCUAUCGACAUCAUUUACUUGUUGAAGAUUUAACACAAUGUCUUGUGAUGAUUCAACCAAUUCUUUAUUCUUAUUCAUUUAGUGGUCCACCAGAGCCUGUGCUCCUUGAUAGUAGUAGUAUAUUACCUGAUCGUAUUCUUUUAAUGGAUACAUUUUAUCAUAUAUUAAUAUAUCAUGGUGAAACUAUAGCACAAUGGGUUAAGGCUGGUUAUCAAGAUUUACCUGAAUAUGAAAAUUUUAAACAACUUUUACAAGCACCUGUUGGUGAUGCAACAGAAAUUCUUCAAAAUCGUUUUCCUAUGCCACGUUAUAUAGUUACUGAAGCUGGAGGAUCACAGGCUCGAUUUCUUUUAUAUAAAGUGAAUCCAUCACAAACACAUACAAAUUAUGGAUGGGGACAGGCUCUUGGUGCACCAAUUUUAACUGAUGAUGUUAAUUUACAAACAUUUAUGGAACAUUUAAAGAAACUUGCUGUAUCAUCAACAACAUAG